AAGAUGAAAAAGUGGUCACCAUGGCAGCAUCAGCCGCCGCCUGCGACGGAAUCCAGAAAGUUUCGGGUGAAAGUGGAGCGGAUAAAGCUAGAAGGAUUCGAACAUGGCGGUGGAGGUGGAGAGAAGGUUAUGGGAAUGGAAUUGAGGUGGAAAGGGGAACGGAAACAUGGGUUGGCGGUGGUGGGAUUUCACCGGCGGCGGUCGGGAGAGCAGCGGUGCAAGGAGAGGAUUAUCAGAAAAGGGGAGGUUAUUGUUUGGGAAGAAGAUGAAGAUUUGGAGAACAUCUGUUGGUUUUCAGCUGGUCCAUCAAAUGCUUAUGAAUUUGAUCAACACAAGUUUGUUCCAUGGAUCAUUACCUUCAAAUUCACCUAUGGAGAAUACAACAAAGGUAAAAUGGCUGUGAUUGGAAAAGCGUCACUGAAUUUGGCUGAAUUUGCUUCGAACGUAGGCUCUCUGAUGAUCGAGAAGAAGCUUCCGGUUGAUCUCGAGGUGGCCGGAUUGACGACACCGGCCACAAUCUCGGUUUUGCUGAGUUUUGUGGAAAUAAGAGAUUCCGGCGAACUCGUUCAGGCGACUCAGUCAGAGGGUGUGAAAGAAGAUGUAAGAGGCAACAAGAAAUUGAGUAUGGAGGAGGUGAGUUUGUCCGACUCGGAUAACUCGGUGACAUUUGACUCAGAUGGUACAUCUGACUCACGAGCUGUGACUCAGUCCUCAUCUUCGGUUGCCAUUCCGCCGGACAUGGACAAAAAGGCUGGGUUCUUUGAUUGGAAGAGGCGGCGAUUGAACCGUAGACCGGUGAAAACGAAAGUCGAGGAUUCCCGACCAGCCACAUUUUCCGGCAACUCAAUCGCCUCUGGUUCGGAGUACAAGAAUUUAAUUCGUAAUUCGUUGCAGAUUACGUGGGAAGCAAGAGAAUUUGUCAGUCGAGAUGGAGAAUCGAAGCUCGAUACACAGACAUUCUUUGCUUCAUUCGAUCAAUGCAGCGAUAAAGCUGCUGGACCGAGCGCUUGCACCACCUUGGUGACGGUUAUCGCCCAUUGGCUCGGGUCACAUGACUCGACCAUCAUGCCAACGGUUCAACAAUUCGACACUCUCAUUAUUGACGGUUCCUCCGAGUGGAGGAACCUAUGUGAAAAAGGGAGCCACGUGGACGAAUUCCCCGACAAACAUUUCGACCUCGAGACCGUGUUACGUGCUGGGAUCCGUCCAUUAUCCGUUUCCCGAGAAAAAUCAUUUGUCGGCUUUUUCAGCCCGGAGAAAUUCGAGUCCCUGAGCGGAGUCAUGUCGUUUGACGACAUAUGGGAUCAUGAGAUUAGUCGAAGCCCAGGGGUUUACAUCGUGAGUUGGAACGACCAUUUCUUCGUGUUGAAAACAGACGAAGACGGCUACUACAUUAUCGACACGUUGGGUGAACGGCUAGCCGAAGGGUGCAAGCAAGCGUAUAUCUUGAGGUUUGACCAUGGCUCGUGUUUAACCGAAAGCCGGAACGAUCAGGUUAUAUGCAAAGGAAAAGAGUGUUGCAAAGAAUUUAUCAAGAGGUUUUUAGCAGCCAUACCACUUAAAGAGCUUGAAAUGGAGGAGCAAAAACAAGCCGUUCCUUACUACUCGUUGCACCACCGUUUGCAGAUUGAAUUUAAUUUUUGCAAUACGGUGUAGCCACCGCUUCAAGGCGGUUUUCGACCGCCUUUGAGGGGUGGACUUGUAUUUGUAUAUACUUGUAUAUA